AUGAAGUAUUACUGGGUUGUGUUGUGGACGCUGUGGGCAGGGCGACUGGUCAGGCAGCCAACGAUACCAGUGCGCGUUGAGAGCGGUCUAUUAAGGGGAUCAAUAGCUGCAGAUGGGUCACACAUCAGCUACUUGGGUGUACCUUACGCUUCUUAUGAGGAGAGAUUCCAGCCGUCCCAUCCGAGACCAAAAUGGGAAGGUAUACUAGAAGCGACAGAAGAACACAUAAGGUGUUCACAAAGAUUCACAAACACCUUCAUAUCAGGACAGGAAGACUGCCUGACGCUAAACAUUUAUACACCUUUUCGACCGGCUGAUAAACUUCGUCCUGUAAUGCUUUUUAUCCACGGUGGAGGCUUCAGGGAUGGAUCUGGUUCACCAUAUCUGUAUGGACCAGGAUAUUUAGUAAAACACGAUAUUAUUCUAGUCACAUUUAAUUACAGACUUGAAGUCUUAGGAUUUUUAUGCUUAGGUAUUAAAGAGGCUCCUGGUAAUGUAGGUUUAAAAGAUCAGGUGCAAGCCUUGCUUUGGGUUCAAAGGAAUAUUAGAAUAUUUGGUGGUGACCCUAAUAGAGUAACGAUAUUUGGUGAAAGUGCAGGGUCAGCAUCUGUAUUUUAUCAUGUUUUGUCGCCGUUAUCUAAAGGACUCUUCCAAAAGGCGAUCAUGCAAAGUGGUUCUGCGAUUUCGCCGUGGAGUCUCCAAUUUGAGCCCAUCGAAACAGCUAAACAAUUGGCAAAACAAAUGGGUUACGAAUUAGACAAUCCUCAUCAGCUGUACGAACUGUUUAAAAGCAAAUCGAUCAAAGAAUUACUCAGUACAAGAGUACCAAGAGGUGAGGGCGACGUUGUGCUCUCAGAAAAUAUCUUCGUACCUUGUGUUGAGAGGAAAAUACUAAACGAAAACCAGUUUCUAACAGACGUACCGUAUAACUUGAUUUCUAACAACGCAUACAACAAAGUACCUUUAAUUAUAGGUUAUAACAAUGCUGAAGGUUAUAUGUUUGUUGGAAAAGAAAAUGCCACAACGAUAAGUAAUUUUAAUUACUACGGAGCGAUGCCUCGCGAUCUGUUGUUUCCAUCAGAUGAAGUCAAAAUCAAAACGGCAGAAGAUCUUAAAUCAUUAUACGAUAACUCGGAGUUAUCAGAUGAUUUGUUAGUUAGAUUAUCAAAAUUCGAGGGUGAUUCUGGUAUCAUAUACCCUGUAACUAUAACAACUGAAAUGUUAGCUAACACUAAUACAUACCCGGUGUACGCAUACAAGCUUUGUUAUGAUGGCUGGAUGAAUAUAAUGAAAUUAUUGUUUGGAUUUUCGAAGUAUCCGGGAGCGACUCAUGCCGACGAUAUUUUUUAUAUGUUUAAAUUAAAAAUAACGUUACCACCGUCGUUUUUUGAAGUUGACAUGAUUAAUAAAAUCACAACGUUGUGGACAGACUUCGCUAAAUAUGGGGAUCCAACACCAACAGUGACGAAAGAAUUGCCAACUAAAUGGUACCCAGUAGACAAAAAAGAUCCACAUUUAUUUAUAAUCGACAAAAAAUUCUCAAGGCAGCGACUUUGGACGGACGAAAUGCUAUUAUUCUGGAAUAGAACAUAUUCGAAGUACAGAAGAAAGUAAAAAACUUUUACAUAUCAAGGGAUACUGUGCCAAGUACUCGUGUAUCACGCUCUGACGGAAAUAUUUCUGACGGAAAUAUUUCUGACGGUAAUAUUUAUAACUAUUGGGUUUUUAACUAAGAAGUAAAGUAAGUUGAGGAUAAGAAAGACACAAUUAGAAAACAAAAACAUGUUUUAUAUGAUAUCUUUGCUCAAUUUAAAUAAUUCUAUUUCGCUGAAUUGUUUAUAUUCAAUGCUGAUCUCAUUCUAAUUCAAACUCUUGCGAUAUAAAAUAAGGGGUAAUAUAACAAAUUUGAAAACUUAAGUUAGGACAUUCAGGUCUAAGUUAAAACGGAAAUAUGAGAAUGAUGUCCGUUUUUAUGGUGAAGGAAUCGAGUGUGAAAUGACUGAAUGGAGCUGACGCUAGUAGUCAACAGACGGGAUGUAUGUUCCUGUGCUUUCAUCACACUACGAAAUAGAAAUUAAGUAUUAAUUAAUGUUUUGUAUAGAUAUUUAAUGUUUAAAGUUUUCAAUAAAUUUAUUUUAUAUUUUUUAACAUAUAUAACUUUAUAUGCCAGAUAUGUUAUUGUAGAUAAUUUACUGAUCAAA